UGGGAGUCCCAGCUUCUGGAGACGGGCUUCCUGGGGAUUUUCCUGUGCCCUCUCUGGACUCUGUCUCCAUUGCCCAGGGGGACCCCCACGUCCCGGAUCGUCCUGUGGGGCUAUCGGUGGCUGAUUUUCAGAAUCAUGCUCGGAGCGGGCCUGAUCAAGAUCCGGGGGGACCAGUGCUGGCGGGACCUCACCUGCAUGGACUUCCACUACGAGACACAGCCGGUGCCCAACCCCGUGGCCUACUUCCUGCACCACUCUCCAUGGUGGUUCCACCGCUUCGAGACCCUCAGCAACCACUUCCUGGAGCUCGUGGUGCCCUUCUUCGUCUUCCUUGGACGGCAGAUGUGCAUCCUCCACGGGGCCCUACAGAUCCUGUUCCAGAUGGUCAUCAUCAUCAGCGGGAAUCUGAGCUUCCUGAACUGGCUGACCAUCGUGCCCAGCCUCGCCUGCUUCGAUGACGCCACUCUGGGCUUCCUGUUUCCCUCGGGGCCCGGCUGCCUCAAGGACCAAGUCCUGAGGAUGCAGGAAGAGGAAGCUCGAGGGGCCAGGGCCCCACGGACACGCGGCAGCGUGGCACGGCACACGGUCAACCUGGCACUGGGCGUCCUGGUCGCCUGGCUCAGCGUCCCCGUGGUCCUCAACUUGCUGAGCCCCCGGCAGGUCAUGAACAGCUCCUUCAACCCUCUCCGGAUCGUCAACACAUAUGGGGCCUUCGGCAGCAUCACCAAGGAGCGCACAGAGGUCAUCCUGCAGGGCACCGCCAGCCCCAAUGCCAGCGCGCCAGACGCCAAGUGGGAGGACUACGAGUUCAAGUGCAAGCCCGGUGACCUGAGGCGGCGGCCAUGCCUCAUCUCCCCGUACCACCACCGCCUGGACUGGCUUAUGUGGUUUGCCGCCUUCCAGACCUACGAGCACAACGAGUGGAUCAUCCACCUGGCGGGCAAGCUCCUGGCCAACGACGCCCAGGCCCUAUCCCUGCUGGCCCUUAACCCCUUCGCAGGCAGGGCACCCCCCAGGCCUCCCUGUUCCCUGAGACACAGCAAGAUUGAAAUUAAGCCAAUUAAUAACCCUACAGUGGCCUCUAAGUGUUCAAGUGAAAGGAAGAGUUGCAUGUCUCUCACUUUAAAUCAAAAGCUGAAGAUGAUUAAAUUUAGUGAGAAAGGCAUGUCAAAAGUCAAGGUAAUCCAAAAGCUAGCCCUCUUGCACCAAAGCCAAGUUGUGAAUGCAAAGGAAAAGUUCUUGAAGAAAAUUAAAAGUGCCACUCCAGUGAACACAUGAAUGAUAAAGUGAAACAGCCUUAUUGCUGAUAUGGAGAAAGUUUUAGUCUAGAUUGAAGAUCUAACUAGCCACAACAUUCCCUUAAACCAAAGUCUAAUUCAGAACAAGCUAACUCUCUUCAAUUCUAUGAAGGCUGAGAGAGACAAGGAAGCUGCAGAAGAAAAGCCUGAAGCUGGCAGAGGUUGGUUCGUGAGGCUGAAGGAAAGAACCCGUCUCCAUAAAAUAAAAGUGCAAGGUGAAGCAGCAAAUGCUCAUGUAGAAGCUGCAGCAAGUUAUCCAGAAGAUCUAGCUGAGAUCAUCAAUGAAGGUGGCUGCACCAAACAACAGAUAUUCAAUGUAGACGAGACAGCCUUCUAUUGGAACAAGAAGCCAUCUAGGACUUUCACAGCUAGAGAGAAGUCAGUGCCUGGCUUCAAAGCAUCAAAGGACAAGCUGACCUUGUUAGGGGCUAAUGCAGCUGGUGACUUUAAGCUGAAGCCAAUGCUUAUUUACCAUUCUGAAAAUCCUAGAGUCCUUAAGAAUUAUGUUAAAUCUACUCCUGUGCUCAAUAAAUGGAACCACAAAACCUGGAUGACACAUCUGUUUACAACAUGGCUUACUGAAUAUUAUAAGCCCACUGUUGACACCUACUGCUCAGAAAAAAAAAGAUUCAAAAUAUCACUACUCAUUGACAAUGCACGUGGUCACCCAAGAGCUCUGGUGGAGGUGUACAAUGAGAUUAAUGUUAUUUCCCUGUCUGCUAGCACAGCAUCCAUUCUGUAGCCCAUGGAUCAAAGAGUAAUUUUUGAUUUUAAGUCUUAUUAUUUAAGAAAUGCAUAUCAUAAGGCUAUAGCUGCCAUAUAUAGUGAUUCCUCUGAUGGAUCUGGGCAAUGUCAACUGAAAAUCUUCUGAAAAGGAUUCACCAUCCUGGAUGCCAUUAUGAACUUUUAUGAUUCAUGGGAAGAGGUCAAAUUAUCAACAUUAACAGGAGUUUGGAAGAAGUUGACUCAAACCCUCAUGGAUGACUUUGAGGGGUUCAAGACUUCAGUGGAGGAAGUAAUUGCAGAUGUGGUAGAAAUAGCAAGAGAACUAGAAUUAGAAGUGGAGCCUAAAGAUGUAACUGAGUUGCUUCAAUCUCAUGACAAAACUUUUAAUGAAUGAGGAGUUGCCUCUCACGGAUGAGCAAUAAAGUGGUUUCUUGAGAUGGAAUCAACUCGUGAAGAUGCUGUGAAGACUGUUGAAAUGGCAAAAAAGAAUUUUAAAUAUUACAUGAACUUAGUUGAUAAAGCAGCAGCAGGGUUUGAGAGGAUUGACUCCAAUUUUGAAAGAAGUUCUACUAUGGAUACAAUGCUAUCAAACAGCAUUGCAUGCUACAGAGAAAUCAUUCAUGAAAGGAAGAGUCAAUCAGUGUGGUGAACUUCAUUAUCUUAUUUUAAGAAAUUGUCACAGCCACCUCAACCAUCAGUAAUCACCACCCUGAUCAGUUAGCAGAUAUCAACAUCAAGGCAAAACUCUCCACCAGGAAAAAGACUACAACUCACUAAGGCUCAGAUGAUGAUUAGCAUUUUUAAAUUAAGGACCCAGCUGCGCCAUGCCUGGGGCGUCCACAACAGAAGCGUGCACUACAGGUCACAGCAGCACUGUUCACUAAAGACCAAACACCCAUCAGGAGUGAAGAGGUGGACGGGGGUCGUGCACUCACACGACGGGACACUUUACUGCACUUGGAUACAUGCCUCGUGACUUCACUUACAAUACGACGCUCACAGGCAAGCGGUGCUAAGUGGAGGGUUGUGGUCACAUUGGGGGACACCGACAUUCAAUCUCUGAACAUUUUCUGAGCUCACAUUUUGUGGACUUCUGUAUGUGUUCCAAUCCACAAUUAAAACG